AUGCCUCCAAAGGUAAACAGAGACCCUUCAGUAUCGGAGAGUGAAUCCAAGCCCUCUAAUUCCAGGGCUUCUACAAAGGCAAGAAACGCAGCUGCACAGGCUGCACAGGCAGAGCUCCUAGCGAGACAUAUUCACUCCAAUGGACCCAACGAUAGACCACCUUUGGACCCAAUGGACUUCGAAACUCUGCCCAUCAAGACGCUGAGAGAGUAUAAGGACCUUUACCACCUACCCCUUGAAGAUGCGCUCACGAUGAACGGGUACAUGCUUGAGUCAGAGACGGGGAAGAAUACGUGGAGUUAUAAACAUAAAAACAGAGUCACCAAGCCAACGCUCGCUGCUGCCGUCAAGAAGCACUUCGUGUCACAGCCCGUGAAGGAGAGCGAGAUCAUCACCAACUUCCUCUACAAGGCAAAUAACCAGGAUAAGGCAUUCAAGUUGAAUUUCAAGAGUCCCUGAGGGAUUCAUCUAUAGCACUCACAUUUUGAAGACGACAACACUUUCUCACGCCCAGUCAUCUCGCUGACUCGUUGUAGUUAACAAUCUCAACAGCUACACUCACCUACAGUGUAUUCCUACACAGCGAAUGCUCAUUUUGUAGCACUCAUAAGCCUGUUAUCGCCCGUUGUAACCUCCCAUAGGAACUGGCUUCCCGCG